UUGCUUUGUAAAUGUUUUUGAUAAAAAUUAACCACAGUUUAUUACGAUAAAAAACUAAUAUUGUAAUAUUCUUUUUAAUUCUCAGUGAAAUUGAAUUGAAUUUUAUUUAUUAAUAUGUCUGAUAAUGAUGAUGAUUUUAUGGGAGCAGAUGACGAAGAUUACGGCUUGGAAUAUUCUGAAGAUAGUAAUUCAGAGCCUGAUGUGGAUCUUGAAAAUCAGUACUACAAUAGCAAAUCGUUAAAAGAAGACGAUCCAAAAGCAGCACUAGCUUCUUUUCAAAAAGUGCUUGAUUUAGAGAAUGGUGAAAAAGGCGAGUGGGGCUUCAAAGCCCUCAAGCAAAUGAUAAAAAUAAAUUUUAAACUUAACAAUUUUGGAGAGAUGACAGUGCGCUACAAACAAUUGCUUACUUACAUCAGGAGUGCCGUCACACGUAAUCAUUCAGAGAAGUCAAUUAACUCUAUACUGGAUUAUAUAUCAACAUCUAAAAAUAUGGAAUUGCUGCAGAACUUUUAUGAAACUACGUUAGAUGCUUUAAAGGACGCAAAGAACGACCGACUUUGGUUUAAAACGAAUACAAAAUUAGGAAAACUAUAUUUUGACCGAAGUGAUUUUAGUAAAUUACAAAAAAUCUUAAAACAACUGCAUCAGUCUUGCCAGACAGAUGAAGGAGAAGAUGAUUUGAAGAAAGGUACACAGUUACUUGAAAUAUAUGCGUUAGAAAUUCAAAUGUACACUGUACAAAAAAAUAAUAAAAAGUUGAAAGCAUUGUAUGAGCAAUCUUUACACAUUAAGUCGGCUAUCCCACACCCAUUGAUUAUGGGCGUAAUACGCGAAUGCGGUGGCAAAAUGCAUUUGCGAGAGCAAGAAUUCGAAAAAGCCCACACUGACUUUUUUGAAGCAUUCAAAAACUAUGACGAAUCGGGCUCCCCAAGACGAACGACUUGCCUUAAAUAUUUAGUAUUGGCUAACAUGUUAAUGAAGUCGGAUAUAAAUCCGUUUGACUCACAGGAAGCCAAACCCUAUAAGAGCGAUCCCGAAAUUUUAGCUAUGACGGACUUAGUCAUGUCUUAUCAAAACAACGAUAUAAAAACAUUCGAAUCCAUUUUACGAAAGAAUCGCAAAAACAUAAUGGCAGACCCUUUUAUUCGUGAACAUAUUGAAGAUCUGUUGCGAAAUAUUAGAACGCAGGUGCUUAUUACAUUGAUUCGCCCAUAUAGGAACAUAGCGAUUUCAUUUAUAGCUACGGCACUAAACAUCGAACCAAAUGAAGUUGAAAGUUUGUUAGUGUCGUGCAUAUUAGAUAACACUAUCAAAGGACGUAUUGAUCAAAUUGGACAGGUGCUGCACUUAGAUAUAGAGAAUAACAAUACUGCACGCUGCAAUGCUAACAACAAAUGGGUUAGUGGUAUAAACACAUUACAAAUGACGGUGGUUAAUAGGAUGUCCUAAGUAUAGGUUUAUAUUCUCUAAUAAAUGUUAUAACACAUUCACUAUGAAAACACAACUUUUAUUUUUGAAGCCAAACAAAUAUUUUGAGAAAAUUCUAAUAAGCAUCACUAUACAUAACUUGAUGCUAAUAGUUGAAAGCCCAUAAAAAGUUGGUCGCGAUUGUAUGAAAGCGUUUUUUGUGUCCAAUUCCUAAAUUUUACUCUGGCUGAAAUUCAUAUUUCCAAAAAAUUUUAAGAUAGCAAAUUUUGAUAGCUGGGAUUUCAUCUUAAAUGCCAUUGUUAUAUUUAUUGAGUGUUAAGUAUUUGACCCCAACGAACAUCAAAUAUUUUAAGGAAUUAGAAGUCGAACAGAAAUGGCUACUACGUGACGUAAUGAGAGCCCAAAACUUUUAAAGUGUCGAAAAAUUUUAAAUUCUUUGAAUCCUUUUGCGAUAAUUGUUUCAACCUCUCCGACAUCCUGUCAAGACGUUUAUUGAUAUAUAAAGCUCUACGUUGCA